CAUCUGUCAACUUUACAAAACACGGAAAACACGUCAGGAUCCCAUCGGGCGCGUUGCAUUUCCCAGGUGUUUCAGGUUCACCGCGACUACAUCUCUCGAUGUGCUUCAAAACGCGCAAGAAAUGAAUUCCGCACCGAAAGUCGACGAUCUGGUGCAGUCGGUCGCCCUGUACACCGUCAAGAAGCUGCCCUUUCAUUUAUACAUCUAUCCGUUUGUCAUCAUUUACCUCGGCUGGCUGUACACAUGGAUCGGCUUGUACGGUUUCUGGGAGUUUUACGAGGGUGGAUUCGUUGGGGUUGCAGUAAUCGGCUGCGUGCAGAUCCUCGCAUGCCUGGGGUGCUAUUGGUCAGUGCAUGUUAACUGCUGGAUGACUUGUCGAAAGGAAGUGAAUAGUUCAGUGGCAACUGUUGCGAAAGUCAUUCCAACUGCAAACAAUGGAUCAUCAGAGUUAGUUGCUUUAAAACAUUCCAAAAAUGACCAAAUUUGGUUCGUAUUUCAAAAAACCAAAUACAUUUACGACCCUGACAAGAAAACCUUCAGAGGAAUUGAAUUCCCCAUCAAUGAGCCAUUCUCUAGCUACAUGAACUGCAAAGGUUAUCAAGAUGAUAAAGACAUUCAAGAAGCUGAAGAACAAUACGGCAAAAACGUCCUGGAUAUGGUCGUGCCCGAAUUCAUGGAGUUAUUCAUCGAACGCGCAACAGCGCCAUUUUUUGUGUUUCAAGUCUUCUGUGUUGCCCUCUGGUGCCUGGACAAAUACUGGUAUUACUCUAUCUUUACUCUUGUCAUGCUAGUCACGUUUGAAUGCACUUUGGUGCAUCAACAACUACGUAACAUGGCCGAAAUCCGCAAGAUGGGCAAUCGUCCAUUCAACAUCAACGUGUAUCGCAACCGCAAAUGGCGGCAACUGUCAUCACAAGAACUACUGCCGGGCGAUAUUGUGUCCAUCACAAGAUCUCAACUUGUCCCCUGUGAUGUGGUGUUGAUUCGUGGUCAAUGCAUUGUAGACGAAAGCAUGCUAACAGGUGAAUCAGUUCCGCAGAUGAAAGAACCCAUAGAAGACUGCGACAUGAAAAAAAUCUUGGAUCCUGACGCGGAUGGAAAACUACAUGUAUUAUACGGCGGUACAAAGGUCGUGCAAAACACACCUCCGUUAAAAGGUAGCGCUGGUUUGCGAGCUACAGAUAACGGGUGUGUUGCCUACGUUCUCCGCACAGGAUUCAAUACAUCACAGGGUAAACUCCUCCGCACGAUUUUGUUCGGUGUCAAACGCGUGACAGCGAAUAACCUGGAAACAUUCGGUUUUAUUAUCUUCCUGCUUGUGUUUGCGAUUGCUGCAGCUGUGUAUGUCUGGAUGAAAGGUUGUGAGGAUCCAGAACGCAAUCGGUACAAACUGUUUCUGGAAUGUACAUUGAUUUUAACAUCAGUUAUUCCACCAGAGUUACCGAUUGAGUUGUCUCUGGCUGUGAAUACCAGCUUAUUAGCAUUGAGUAAGUUCGGUGUGUAUUGUACAGAACCAUUUAGGAUUCCAUUCGCUGGAAAAGUAGAUAUUUGCUGUUUCGAUAAGACAGGUACCUUGACCAGUGAUAAUUUAGUAGUGGAAGGUGUUGCACUAGCGGAAAAAGAUUCAAAAGUAACACCAAUCUGCGAUAUUCCACUGGAAAGUGUACAAGUAUUGGCUUCUUGUCAUUCUUUAGCACAAUUAGACGAUGGUUUAGUGGGAGAUCCACUGGAAAAAGCUACUUUGACAGCUGUCGAUUGGAAUUUAACAAAAGGUGAUGCUGUAAUACCGAAAAAGGGCAAAGCUCAAGCCAUAAAAAUCCACCACCGUUUUCACUUCUCUUCAGCACUGAAACGCAUGUCCGUCAUCGCUGGCUACGUCAAUCAGGGAACAACCGAUACAAUUUACAUCGCAGCUGUGAAAGGCGCUCCGGAAACUCUUAAAUCAAUGUACAGCGAAUUACCAGCAUGCUACGACGAAGUGUAUCUUGAAUUAUCCCGUCGUGGAGCACGUGUUCUAGCUCUGGGAUUCAAAGAAAUCGGCCGGAGUACUCCACAAGAAAUCCGAGAACUAUCCCGGGAUCAAAUCGAGAAAGAUCUACGCUUUGCCGGGUUUGUAAUUAUUUCCUGCCCGUUGAAAACGGAUUCAAAGAAUGUUAUCAAAGAAAUUCUGCGUGCAUCACACCGUGUUGUUAUGAUAACCGGUGAUAAUCCACUAACAGCAUGCCAUGUGGGUAAAGAAUUGAAAUUUAAUCAAAAACCGAAGACUUUAAUCCUCACCGAGAUCGAUGACGAAUGGGUAUGGGAAUCAAUCGAUCAAAGUGAGCAUUUACCACUGAAACAUGCCGGAAUUACAGAUAAAUAUGACCUGUGUAUAACCGGCGAUAGUUUAAUGUAUCUACAAGAGAAUGAAAUUGAUUAUCUGCAGCAAAUCCUGCCACAGAUUUCGAUAUUCGCUCGAUUUGCACCUAAACAAAAAGAAUACGUUGUUGUCAUGUUGAAUAACUUAGGUUUCGGUACUUUGAUGUGUGGUGACGGUACGAAUGAUGUCGGUGCAUUGAAACACGCCAAUGUAGGCGUCGCCAUUUUGUCGAACGCGCCUGCAAAGAUGCCUGAAAAACCCAAACGUAGAGAUGCACGGGAUGUAAUCGCACAAGCGCAGGCGCAGAUACAAGCCGCGCCGCGUAACAAUCGCGCUGCAGCUAGAGAAAACUACGCUAAUCAAGUCGAAAAAUUAAUGAAGGAAAUGGAAGAAAUGGAAGCUACUUAUGUCCGCUUGGGAGAUGCUAGUAUCGCAUCACCAUUCACUAGUAAAUUAUCAUCUAUUCUUUGUAUUUGUCAUAUUAUCAAGCAGGGCAGGUGUACUUUAGUUACAACACUGCAAAUGUUUAAAAUCUUAGCGCUGAAUGCGUUGAUUUUGGCAUACACACAGUCUGUUUUGUACCUGGAUGAUAUCAAAUUGAGAGAUGGGCAAGCAACAGUGCAGGGAUUACUUCUAGCUGGAUGUUUCUUGUUUAUAUCGAGAUCAAGACCGGUUGAAGUCUUGUCGAAACAACGUCCGCUUCCAAAUAUAUUUAAUUUGUACACCAUUUUGACUGUGCUGCUGCAAUUCGCCGUGCAUUUCGUGUGUUUGAUAUUUUUGGUGCAGGAAGCCAAGUUGCGCGCGCCGCCUGAGUUGCUGAUCAAACCAAAAACUAACCUAACCAUGGAGGAGGAAGACGAGUUGUUUAAACCUAAUAUCGUGAAUAGCACUGUGUACAUAAUUUCAAUGGCGCUGCAAAUUGCUACAUUUGCUAUAAACUACAGAGGUAUGCCAUACAUGGAGAGCCUCAAGUCAAACAAACCUCUGCUCUACAGCAUUUUGGGUUCCUCAGCGGUUGUAUUAGCACUCACACUUGGUGUGAUGCCCGAAAUUUCCGAACAGUUAGAAAUUAUUUCAUUCCCGGACGAGUUUAAAUUAGUGUUGAUGCAAGUUUUAUUCGCCGAUUUCUUCUUUUCCUUCCUGGUGGACCGCACGUGUCUCUGGAUAUGCGGCGAGGGACGCCUAUCGAAAGUAUUGGAACAAAAGUCGACAGAGUUAAAUUAGCUGUGUUAAUGUUUUUGUAUGGAUAAAAUUUGUGUGGUGUUGAAA